AUGUGGCGAGGCGGUGUGGUGGAGGUUGGGCAAUGUGAGGAAACCUACGCCUCCGAAGCCUACUUCCCUUUCCCCGUCUCUCCAAUUCUGUUUCAACCCCUUCUCUUCUUCUUCUUUUGCGAAAGAACAGGGGAAAAAGGAAGGGGUUCAUUACGGGGAGGGCCAUGGCGACGAGGAUCGGCGCCAUUCCAACCUAGAGCAUCUUCUAGAGGGUGGAGUCAUCAUCUUUACCGCGAGGAGCUCCAUCUUGGCCAGCCUCGCGGAACGCUAAUUAAGGAGGAUUAAUCCUAUCAAUCAAUAACAAUGGACGACUCGCCGCUAGGCAACGGGCCCCUAAACCACGGACCCCUGGGCCUGCUGGGCGGGCUGGACACGCCGUCGUCUUCGUCAUCAUCCUCCUCAUCUUCGUCGUCGUCGUCGGGAGAUUCGGAUAGCUCCGGUGGAUCGUCAUCGGGAUCAUCCACCUCGUCUCCGCCAUCAUCGCCGCCUCCAUCUAGCUCAGACUCGUCCACACAGACACAGUCUUCCCCACCGCCGCAGUCAUCCGGCUCUGCACCGUCGCCGCCCUCGACACCGCAGGCUCCACCUGCGGAUGCCGGCGGGUCGCCCCCGCAGCAAGUCUCACCGCCGGGAUCAAAUGCCCUUCCGUCUCCGCAGGCUCCGAAGAGUGGGAGUUCCAAGGGCGGCGGCGCGUCGGAGAGUGGGAGUUCCAAGGGCGGCGGGGGCGGUUCGGGUGGCCGUGGCAAGAGCGGAAGCAGCCAGGACGACACGCCGAACGUGGCGGCCGUCGUGGUCGGCGUGGUGAUCGGCGUCACGGCCUUCGCCCUGCUGCUGUGCAUCGCGGCGUGCGUGUGCUGCGCCCGGAGGAAGAAGAAGCGGCAGCCGCACAUCCCCUUCUACACCGACCAACACGGGAACGUGUUCUACGCGAACAACAUGCCUCCGUGGCAGCAGAGCGGCGGCCCGAUGCCGAUGGACGGGCACGGCGGCGGCGGCGGGGGGUGGCAGCAGCAGCACUCGCCUGGGCAGGGCCCGCUGAGCGAGGAGAUGAUGAUGAGCGGGUCGCACGGGACGUGGCCGAUGCCGCCGCCGUCCCCGGCCUUGUCGCUGGGGUUCGGGUCGCAGAGCUCGUUCACGUACGAGGAGCUGGGAGCGGCGACGGGCGGGUUCUCGAAGGCGAAUAUUCUGGGGCAGGGCGGGUUCGGGUACGUGUACAAGGGCGUGCUGCCGGGGAGCGGCAAGGAGGUGGCGGUGAAGCAGCUCAAGGCCGGCAGCGGGCAGGGCGAGCGCGAGUUCCAGGCGGAGGUGGAGAUCAUCAGCCGAGUCCACCACCGCCACCUUGUCUCCCUCGUCGGCUACUGCAUCGCCGGAUCGUCGCAGCGCCUCCUCGUCUACGAGUUCGUGGCCAACGACACCCUCGAGCGCCACCUCCACGGCAAGGACGUGCCGGUGAUGGACUGGCCGACGAGGCUCGCCAUCGCGCUCGGCUCCGCCAAGGGCCUUGCUUACCUGCACGAAGAUUGUCAUCCAAGGAUCAUCCACCGUGACAUCAAGGCGGCUAACAUUCUCCUGGACGAAAAUUUCGAGGCCAAGGUCGCGGAUUUUGGGCUCGCCAAGUUAACCACGGACAACAACACGCACGUCUCCACGCGCGUCAUGGGAACGUUCGGGUAUCUGGCCCCGGAGUACGCCUCGAGCGGCAAGCUCACGGACAAAUCGGACGUCUUCUCCUUCGGCGUCAUGAUGCUGGAGCUCAUCACCGGCCGGCGGCCCGUCGACCCCAACAACUACAUGGAGGACAGCUUGGUCGAUUGGGCGAGGCCACUCUUGGCGAGCGCGCUAUCCCAAGGCUGCAGCUUCGACGAGGUGGUCGACCCGCGCCUGGAGAACAAGUACGACCGGCAGGAGAUGGAGCGCAUGGCGGCCAGCGCCGCCGCCGCGGUUCGCCACUCCGCCAAGCGCCGCCCCAAGAUGAAACAGAUAGUUCGUGCUCUGGAGGGCGACAUGUCGCUGGACGACCUGAACGAGGGGAUGAAGCCUGGGCAGAGCAUGAUCUACAGCUCCGACGAGUCCGGCAACUACGCGGCCAACAUCAACAGGUUGAGGCAGGUCGCGUUCGAGAGCAGCGGGGAGUACACCAACGAGUACAGUGGGACGGGUGAGUCGGGGGACGCAACACGGCGGCACUGAUCUCUAGUCAAUCCUUCCAGGAGCUCCUUCACCGUAGAGAUUUUUGAAUCUUUGAUGUAAGUUGGCCAUGUCGUGGGAGGGAUCGGCUGAUGCAUGAGUUGAUGUGUACAUGAGGUGAUCAUGCCGUGUGUUCGAUGUAUCUGCUUCAAAUGCUUGUAAACCGGCCGGUGUUGUAUAAUCGUGUAAAUUGAUGUACAGUAUGUAUCUAUGUACUUACUGUAACUGUGCAGCUCUUCGGUUA